AAUAACACUGGGUGGGAUCGUCUGUCUGUUCCCCUAACCCCAUCCAGAACUUUGCUUUGCUUGGCCCCUUCCCUCCUUGCUCUGCUGGUCCCCCACUGUCCCCAGUCCUGCCUCUUAGCUGCCACACUGGCAGCUCCAAAUUUCCCUCCAAGCUUUCACUUUACCCUGUAACAAUUAUUAUUUUUUUAUUUCAUUUCCCAUUCCAUUUUUUUUUCACCACGUCACUUCGGAUAACUGGAGGAUCAAAGAAGAAGAAUUGAAAAUGGAAUAAUUUACUAUGUGGAACUAGGAUUUAUUUUUCUUUAAAUAAGUUGAUGUGCUAUAAGUUGGAUUGGAUAUAUUGAAGCAAUCCCCAGUCCGUUCUAAAUGAAGAGGUUUGGUUCAUCUCUCUGAGAUAGUCACCAUAUCACCAUGGCUGAAGGAUCCAGCCCCCCCUCGGUGGGUGCAGCCGGGGGCUCCAGCAAAGUCGCACAAACAAGCUCUCUCAGAUCCAAAGGUGUCGAGCUCUUCAGAAAGGUGAAAGUAUCUGUUGAACUGCUGAUUGCACUAGCUGCUCUCUUGUCCUGGAUAGUUGUGGGUGUGGUGAUGUUUGACUUUGUAGAGUACAAAGCAGUUCCAGAUGUUCACCAAAUCAUUACGGACCCAGUUCAAGCUGUAAACGAUGCUGUAGAUGAGGUGUCCAGUCUGUUCAAUAAGUUCCAAGAAUGUGCUCCUGAUUUAAGUAACCCCUCAUCUCUUGCAUCUUAUGUCGUUGAAGAAGUUACAGAAGCUAAACAUGCAUUUGUUCAGUAUUUUUCUGAUGAAGAAGGAACCUUCUACCUCAGCUACAUCGAUCCUGUAGUCAUUGGAAGAAGAGCUUUCCAUUCAACCAAUGACUUUGUGUAUGGAGUGAUUGGCUGCUUCAGGGACGUACUGUGUGCCAUUGUGGAUACUGUCAAGGACACAGUUUUGGAUCUAAAAGAAGGAAAAAUUGAUCUGAGCUAUAUUGACCCUGUGAUAAUAGGCAGAGGGUUGUUCAGGGUUACUAAUAACUUCAUGUCUGAAGUGGUGGGCUUCAUCCAGACUGUGCUCUGCCUCCUAGUGGACUCUAUAUUGGAUGUAGUGAAAGGAACCACUGACAUUAGCUUCCUCGAUCCUGUGCUACUGGGCAGGAAUUUUUUUAACGUUAUAAAUGAUGCUGUUGGUGGAAUAACAGGCUACAUCCAGGACACACUCUGUGCCAUCAUAGACACUGUACUGGAUAUAACUAAAGGAACAACAGAUGUCAGCUAUGCCGACCCGGUGGUCCUUGGCAGGAAUUUCUUCCACAUCACAAAUGAUGCUGUGAGUGGAUUAGUGGGCUACAUUCAGGACAUACUUUGUGCAAUAAUAGAUACCUUACUGGAUAUCUUUAAAGGAACAAUUGACACCAGCUUUGUUGACCCCGUUGUCAUUGGCAGAAAUGUUUUCCAUAUUUUGAAUGAAUUUGUAAGUGAUAUCACAGGAUACAUCCAGAACUGGCUCUGUGCUGCCUUGGGCGUAGUAUUGGAUACGUUAAAUGACAUACAGGAGGCCGUGGGAUUCAGCCCCUUAUCAGCUCUGAAAACAAUUGUAGAAUUCGUCAAAGAACAGAUAACCACAAUUAUGGGCUUUUUCUCCACAAUGCUGAUGCGUGAACAAGACAUCACCCCAGAAGUGUCUGUUGACCCAAUGAAGGUUGUCGAGGAUGCAGUGUUGGAAUUUAGCAGCAAGAAGGAGUUGUUCUUGGGUUACAUGUCAAGCGUGCUGGGUGGGGAUCAAGGUGAGCCUGCCAUUCCUCUGGCUGUAAAUGUUGUCACUGAAAAAGAUGAAGCUGUUGUUUCUCCAUCUGAUAUUCACCUGGUGAGAAAGAAAGGGGAAUUUUUACCUCCACUUGAAAAAGUUGCAGAAGUGAUGCAUGCGGGCGAAGGUGAAGCCAUCUCUGCUGCAGAGCAGGCGGAGGUUGAAGAAGCAACUGGAGCUACUGGUGACUCUGGAGUGACCAUAGAAGAGGAAGACGAGGUGAAACACGUGGAAGAAAAGCAACAUAAGCCUUCACUGAAGGAAGGGGUCAUAAACGUUGGAACUAAGGAAGACAGAACUGUAAAGGAAGAAGAGACUGUAGAUGAUAUUACAUCACUGGAAGUUUCCACACAACUGGUGCAUGAGGAAGACAAAGAAGACAAAGAUGAGAAAUUAAAAACAGGACAUGAACAAGAUAAAACAGAGGAUAUCUUGGUUGAAGAAGGAGAUGGAGUGUUUGAAGGGCAAGAGGAGGAGGAAGAUAAAUUAGAAAUGGGACAGGAACAAAAUGAGGAAGACAAUAAAACAGAGGACAUCUUGGCAAAAGACGGAGAAGAAGACAGAUUAACAAGAGAGGGCGGGAUAGAUGAUCAAGAAGAGAAACCCAAAAUCGAAGCAAGAUUAGAUGAGAAAGGAGAGGAAGAAGAGGGGGAGCUUGAAACUAAAGACUUGCAAGAGGGUGGGGUAACAGAGAAGAAGGAAAAACCAGAGAAGAUAAAAACUGAAGGCACAGCACUAGAUCAGGAGGAAGAGGAGGAAUCCACCACCAAUGAGGAAUUCAAUGACGAAGAGGGGAAAGAUGACAGAACUCAGCAUGAAGGUUUGGAAAAACAGCUCAAACCUCUUCUGCCUCAAACUCCUGUUAAUGACAGUGUUGUACCCGAAACUGGUGAAUCCAACAUGGAAAAAUCUGGAUUAUCUCCAGCAUUUAAUUAUAGUGAACUAAAACACGAUCAUGGUGAAAAUAACAGCAACAACGAGACUAAAAAGCCAAAAGCGUCACAAAAAGAACACAUCGACCGCUAUAAGACAGAAGACACAGCCAUAAUGAAGCCUCCAAAGGAAGGCAAGGAAGAGGAAGCCAUUACUAUUGGAACAAAAAAGUAUAUCAAAGAAAAGAAAGAGGAAAAGGAUAUUCCAAAAGAAAAAACUGAGGUAAAAAGACCCACCAAAGAAAAGAAGGAGCAUAAAUUACCCCAGAAAAAGAAAUCUCCCAAGACAGAGAUAUCUCCCAAAGAUGAAGAGAAAAAGAAAACCUCAAAAGAAGAAAUAAAGGUAAAGAAACUUUCCAAGGUAAAGAAAGAGGAAGCAAAGGUAGAAAGAUAUCCCAAAGAGGAAACAGAAGAAAAGGAACAUAUAAAAGAAGUAAAAAUUGAAACUUCUAUGAAAAAUAAGACAGAAAAGACCCAUACAAAAGCAAAGAAAAUCGAGAAACCCAAAAUCAUAAAAGAAGUAAAAAAAACUAAUAAGGAAGAAAAGCCACAUAAAGAAGAAAUAAAGCUCAAAGAGCUUACUAAAGAAAAACUAGAAGCAGAGAAACCUCACAAAAUAGAGAAAGACAAGAAAACUGAUGAGGAGGACAAGCUUCCUAAAGAGGAAACAAAGCUUGUGAAGCCUCCAAAAGAAGAGAUAAAGCUAGAAAAGCCUGCCAAAGAGGAAAUAGGGAUGAAGAAGUUUGCUAAAGAAGACAUCAAAAUUAAAAAGCAUCUGGAAAAGGAAAUAAAGAAGGAGAAACAUCCCAAAGAAGAUUUAAAGAUUAAGAACCCAUCUAAAGAAAAAAUAAAGGCAGAUAAGUCUGUUAUAGUUGAGACGACUUUUGAAGAGAAGAAAGUAAAGAGGAAACUUCCUAAAGAGGAAAAAAUGGUAGAAACAGCUCAAAAAGUUAAGAUGGAGAAGAAAUCUCACAAAGUAAAGGAAGAAGAUACAAAACCUGCUCAAGAAGAAAUAAAGAUUGAGAAACCUACUAUAGAAAAGAAAUAUGAGAAGAAACCUCAUGAGGAAAAGACACAUCCAAAGGAAGAAAUUAGCACAGAAAAAGAAGAAACAAAAAUACAAAAGAAACAUCCAGAAGAAAAACUAAAGACUGAAAAACCACCUGCCGCAAAUAAAACUUCCACAGAAGAAAUAAAAGUAGAUGAAACUAGUAUGGAAAAACCUCCCAAAGAUCAGAGAGAAGUGAGACAUCACGUUGAGAAACCCUCCAAAGAACAGAAAGAUGAGAAACUACCCAAAGAAAAGAAGGCUACCAAAGACAAAAUAAAAGUUGACAAACCACCCAAAAAAGAAUCAAAGUUUAGGAAACAUCCCAAGGAAAAGGAAGACAGGAAACAUCCCAAAGAAGAUAUACAUGUGGAGCUUCCUUCUACAUUAAAGAAAGAAGAAGCAAAAGCAAAUAAAACUCAAGAAGGUGAGAAGAAACUUGUAAAAGAUGAUAGAGAGAAUGAAAACCUUCCAAGAGAAACAACUAAGGUGGGAAAACCUUUCAGAACCAAGAAGGAAGGUAAACCUACUAAAAAAGAAAUAAAGGCAAGGAAACCUCUGAAAGCAGAAAAAGAAGUAAAGAAAUCAAAUAAAGACGACAUAAAAUCAGAAAAAACUCCCAAAGAGGAGAAACAAGAAAAGGAGCCCCCAAAACAAAAGAUUAAGAUAGUAAAAGAUAAGAAAGACUGGGAUGAAGAAAAGAAACCACACAAAGAAUUAAAAGAGAAGAAGAAACCUCCUAAAGAAAUAAAAGAGAAAAAGGAUCUCCCUAAAGAAAAAGAAAAGAUAGAGAGAUCUAAAAAAGAACAGAUAAAGGUUGAGAAGCUUCCGAUUAAAGGAAAAGGGGUUGAGAAGCCCUUAAAAGAAAAGAAAGCAGAGGAAAAAAAUCUCAAGGAUGAAAUAAAGGUAGAAAUAUCUUUAAAACAGGAAAUACCAGUUGAUACGCAACAUAAGGAAGCAACAAAGGAACAAAAGCCUCUCAAAGAAAAGAAAGAUGAAAAGAAGCCAAUUAAGGAAGAAAUAAAGGUUGAGAAGCCUCCUGAAAAAGAAAAAAACAUUACAAAGCCUCUCAAAGAAGAAAUAAGAGUGAAAAAGGCCAAACAAGUGGAAAUAAAGAUCCAGAAACAGGAUAAAGAAGAAAUAAAAAUUGAGAAGCCUCCGAAAGAAAAGGUCAAAUCUAAGGUGCCUCACAAAAAAGAGAUGAAGAUGGGUGAGAUAAAGAAAACCAGUAAAGAAGAAAUUAAGGAUAAAGAAGAAAUUAGGGAGGACAAACAUCCGAGAGAGGAAAUAAAGGUCAAGAAGCCUUCCAAAGAAAAAAGAAAGGUGGACAAGUCUCCGAAAAUAGAUAUAAAAGUUGAGAAACCUCACAAAAAAGACUUGAAGGUCAAGAAGCUUCCCAAAGAGGAAAUAAAGGUCAAAAAGCCUCCCAAAGAGGAAUUAAAGUACAACGAUUCUCUCAAAGAAGAUGUAAAAGUCGAGAAACCUCCCCAAAAGGAAUUAAAGGUCAAGAAGCCUCCCAUAGAGGAAAUAAAGGUUGACAAGCCUCUUAAAGAAGAUGUAAAAAUGAAGAAACCUCACAAAAAGGAAAUAAAGGUUGAGAAGCCUCUCAAAGAGGAAAUAACAGUCAAAAAGCCUCCCAAAAAGGAAACAAAGGUGGUGAGGCCUUCCAAAGAAGAUGUUAAAGUUGAGACACCUCAGAAAAAUGAAAUAAAGCCAGAGAAGCCUCCUAAAGAAGAUGUCACAGUAAAGAAGCCUCCCAAAGGGGAAAUAAAGGUUGAGAAGCCCCCCAAAGAAGAUUUAACAUUCGAAAAGCAUCCCAAAGAGGAAACAAAGGUGGUGAAGCCUUCCAAAGAAGAUGUAAAAGUUGAGAAACCUCAGAAAAAUGAAAUAAAGGCCAAGAAGCCUCCCAAAGAAGAUGUCAAAUUAAAGAAGCCUCCAAAAGAUGAAAUCAAGGUUGAGAAGCCCCCCAGCAAAGAUGUCAAAGUAAAGAAGCCUCCAAAAGAUGAAAUCAAGGUUGAGAAGCCCCCCAGCAAAGAUGUCAAAGUAAAGAAGCCUCCAAAAGAUGAAAUCAAGGUUGAGAAGCCCCCCAGCAAAAAUGUUGAUGUAAAGAAGCCUCAUGAAAAGGAGUUAAUAGUCGAGAAGCCUUCCCAGGAAAAAUUAAAGGCUGAGAAGGCUCCUAUAGAGGAUGCUAAAGUGGGUAUGCCUCCCAGAGAAGAUGUAAAGGUCAAGAAGUCUCCAAAAGAAGAAAUAAAAGUCAAGCAAACUUUAGAAAAGGAAAUUAGGUUUAAAAUGGCUCUCAAAAAGGAAAUAAACAUCACAAUGACACCUAAAGAAAAGGUUGACAAGCCUCCCAAAGAGGAAAUAAAGUUUGAAAAGCCUCCAAAAGAGAAAAUAAAGAUUGAAACACAUCAGAAAGAGGAAAUAAAAGUCAAGAAGCCAUCCACAGAAGAAAUAAAGGUUAAGAAGUCUCCCAAAGAGGAAAUAAAGGUCAAGAAGCCUCUGAAAGAAGAAAUAGAGGUCAAGAAGCCUUCCAAAGAAGAAAUAAAGGUUAACAAAUCUCCUAAAGAGGAAAUAAAGGUGAAGAAGCCUCUGAAAGAAGAAAUAGAGGUCAAGAAGCCUUCCAAAGAAGAAAUAAAGGUUAACAAAUCUCCUAAAGAGGAAAUAAAGGUGAAGAAGCCUCUGAAAGAAGAAAUAGAGGUCAAGAAGCCUUCCAAAGAAGAGAUAAAGAUUGACAUGCCUUUGAAAGAGGAAAUUAAGGUCAAGAAAUCUCCCAAAGAAGAAAUUAAGUUAGAAAAGCCUCCCAAAGAGAAAAUAAAGAUUCAGACACCUCAGAAAGAGGAAGUAAAGGUCAAGACGCCUUCCAAAGAAGAAAUAAAUAUUGAUAUGCCUUCAAAAGAGCAAAUAAAGUUUGAGAAGUCUGCCAAAGAGGAAAUCAAGGAAAAGAAAUCUCCCAAAGAGAAAGUAAAGAUUGAGUCACCUUCUAUAGAGGAAAUAAAGACCAAGAAGACUUCCAAAGAAGAGAUAAAGUUCAAAAAGACUCCCAAAGAGGAAAUAAAGAUCAAGAAGCCUCUUAAAGAGGAAAUAAAUGUCAAGGACCCUCAAAAAGAACAAAUAAAGAUUAAGAAGUCUUUCAAAGAAGAAUUAAAGCUCAAGAAAUCUCCAAAAGAAGAAAUAAAGAUUGAUAUGCCUCUAAAAGAGAAAAUAAAGGGCAAGAAGACUCCCAAAGAGGAAACAAAGGUGGAAACGCCUCCCAAAGAGGAAAUACAAGUCAAGAAAUCUAAAGAGGAUAUAGGGGUUAAGAAGACUCCCAAAAAGGAAACAAAGGUUGAAAAGCCUCCCAAAGAGGAAAUAAAGUCCAAGAAAUCACCAAAAGAGGAACUAAAGGUCAAGAAGCCUGCCAAAGAGGAAAUAAAGGCUGAAAAGCCGCCCAUAGAGGAAGUAAAGAUCAAGAAAUCUCCUAAAAUGGAAAUAAAGGUUGAGAAGCCUCCAAAAGAUGAAAUAAAGGAUAAGAAAUCUCCCAAAGAGGAAAUAAAGGUUGAGAAGCCUGCCAAAGAGGAAAUAAAGGUGGAAACGCCUCCCAAAGAGGAAAUACAAGUCAAGAAAUCUAAAGAGGAUAUAGGAGUCAAGAAGACUCCCAAAAAGGAAACAAAGGUUGAAAAGCCUCCCAAAGAGGAAAUAAAGUCCAAGAAAUCUCCCAAAGAGGAAAUCAAGGAUGAAAAACCUGUCAAAGAGGAAACAAAGGUUGAAAAGCCUCCCAAAGAGGAAAUGAAAUCCAAGAAAUCACCAAAAGAGGAACUAAAGGUCAAGAAGCCUGCCAAAGAGGAAAUAACGGCUGAAAAGCCGCCCAUAGAGGAAGUAAAGAUCAAGAAAUCUCCUAAAAUGGAAAUAAAGGUUGAGAAGCCUCCAAAAGAUGAAAUAAAGGAUAAGAAAUCUCCCAAAGAGGAAAUAAAGGUUGAGAAGCCUGCCAAAGAGGAAAUAAAGGCUGAAAAGCCGCCCACAAAGGAAGUAAAGAUCAAUACAUCUCCUAAGAUGGAAAUAAAGGUUGAGAAGCCUCCAAAAGAUGAAAUAAAGGCAAAGAAGUCACUGAAAGAGGAGAUAAAGGUCAAGAAGCCUCCCAAAGAGGAAAUCAAGGAUGAAAAACCUGUCAAAGAGGAAAUAAAGGUUGAAAAGCCACCCAUAGAGGAAGUAAAGAUCAAGAAAUCUCCUAAAAAGGAAAUAAAGGUUGAGAAGUCUCCCAAAGAGGAAAUAAAGACCAAAAAGGCUUCCAAAGAAGAGAUAAAGGUUGAAAAGCCACCCAUAAAGGAAGUAAAGAUAAAAAAAACUCCUAAAAUGGAAAUAAAGGUUGAGAAGUCACUGAAAGAUGAGAUAAAGGUCAAGAAGCCUUCCAAAGAGGAAAUAAAGGUCAAAAAGGCUUCCAAAGAAGAAAAAAAUAUUGAUAUGCCUCCAAAAGAUGAAAUAAAGGGUGAGAAAUCUCCCAAAGAGGAAAUACAGGUUGAGAAGCAUCUCAAAGAGGGAGCAAAGGUUGAAAAGCAUCCCAAAGAGGAAAUAAAAGCCAAGAAGCCUUCCAAAAAAGAAUUAAAGACUCAAGAGCUUCCUAUAAAGGAAAUUAAGGUUGAGAAGCUUCUCAAAGAUGAAAUAAGGUUGACGGAGCCUGCCAAAGAAAAGAAAGAAAAGAAAUCUGUCAAGGAAGAAAUAAAGAUUGUUAAGCUCCCCAAAGAAAUAAAAGUAGAUAAGUCUCCUAAGGAUGAAAAAAUGACCAAGAAGGCCCAUAAAGAAAAGGAACAAGUGAAGAAACUUGUUGAAUAUGAAAUAAAACUCAAGAAACUUCCCAUAGAAAAGACAAAAGACAAGAAACCUUCCAAAGAAGAAACAGAGGCAAAGAAGAUUCUCAAAAAACAAACAAAAACUAAACUUUCAAUAGAAGAAAAAUCUGAGCUAAAACUCCCGACAGGAAAGAGAGAAGUAAGGACAUCUAAAGAAGAGAUCAAGACCAAAAGAACAAUCAAGUUUGCAUCUGUCCUCAGAAAGGAGCAUCUUAAUGUAACAAAAUCUGGUGUUGAGGUUUCCAAAGAGGAAUCAAAGCGUGCUCGUUCAAGAAGAGAAACUGCUACUAUCGCUGCAAAAAAGGCGCCAAGGGUGAAAACGCUAGAAAUACCAGACAGAAAUGUGUCCUUAACAAAGACAAAAGUGAAGGCUGUCCCACCGAGGAAAGUGGUUUUAAAGGACACAGUCAAACCAGAAAAAGUCAAAAAAGUUGCUGAGGCUCUUAAGAAGAGGGUUGAACCAGUCGCUCCCAAAAAAGCACCUGUUGUUGUGGCCAAACCAGCACCUACUGAAAGGAAGAAAGAGAAAGCUGUUGCAAAAAAGUCUAUUACAGACGAUGUUAAAGGUAUGGUGAAAAGACACUCUUGUUACAGAUAUACUCUAACUAAAUUGUGCCCAGUAAAUAUGCAAUGCCUCUAAAUAUUUGUAUGUUGAUCAUAUUGUAAUUUUCAGAAGACAGAGUUUUUGAAGAUAAAGAGGAGCUGGCAAAGAGAGAAAAACCUGUCAAGAAGACUGUCACAGAGGAGAAGGUUGAAGAGAAGCUCAUGGACAGCUUCCCCAUGGAUGACGAGCUACCGUACUUCCAGUGUUUCUUCCUGGAUGAGGAUGAGGCUCAGUUUCCAUUUUACGCCUUCUCACCUCUGCACAUUUAAACCUAGUCUGUAUCUAAUCUAAGGUUAUGUUACUGAUAAGGCCAAGAUCCUGUCACACCCUGAGCUGCAGAGAUAUAGCAGCACCCUUUCACUGUGUCCAACAAGAGAUCAGAGCGGGGUAUCAGGUUAGAAUGUGAUGGACUGUGUCUAUUUAUUUAUUUUGUGUUUCCAGGCCUGGUUGAACUCUGAUUUUGAUUACAUGAAGACAGCGGCAUUCCUUUUCCUUUUUUUUUUUAGCUUCUUUCCUAAAAAAUUUGUACUGCAGUAAUAUUGCAACUUGAACACCUGAAUAUUUUUUUCAUAUCUUAUGUGCAGAUGUAAAAAGUGACACGUGUAAUUUACUUAUGAAUGAGUUAAAGUAAGUGUGCGCUGAAGCUUAUGCAACUGCAAUUCACUCAAAGUUAUCUUAUAUAUUGAGCAUGUACAUUAUAGAAUGGAAUGACCGUGCCCUGUAUCCAAGAGUUCCCAGACGUCCUGGCAGGAUAAUACCUGCAAUCAAGUCUUAUUUAAUAAAACCAUCUGCACCGAGCGUUUGUUUAAAACUUGGUGUUUCAACUACUUUUCCUGACCUCUCAGGUUUGAGUUCAGGCUUAUUUUCUGAUGGUUUUUACCAUCUGGUCUCUGAAAUUCCUUGACUGACCAAACACAUGACGUUACCGGCUUUGUGUACACGGAAGACUCUAGAUUUACUUUAUUCAGAUUAAGACAAGGCAACAUUGUCUGUGUUAUGCUACGCAUUUAUAACAAUGCAAGCCUAUUAACUGCAUAUCAGCAGUGGAGAGUAGUGUCAUAACUUUAACAUGAUUUCUUUCAUCUAAACAUCCUAUUAUUGGGAUGUUUAUUGGGGGAUAAUCCUGACAUUAGUUAUGCAAAACGAAAGGGAUAUGCUUUUCCAGUGCUUCUGAAAUCCAAUGUUAAUGACAGUAUGGUUGAUUCCAUGCAGAAACUUGGAAAUAUUACCUGAGCUGUGGUCCAACUCAUACCUGGCAACACAGACAUUCUAACAUCCUCAGAAUGAGCUUCACCAGCUAAAUAUGAAUCAUCAGAUUUUGCAGCAUAUGCUGCGCAGAAGACAGGAGGAGUACCUGAUUUAUUGCACCGAUGAUGAGUCGAAUGUAAAAUAACCUACAGCAUUUAAUGAAGAAUGUAGGAAAAAGCUCUAUAAAGGUCACAGAAAGGGGUACACCUUGCAGCACUACAGUUUACUGAUCCAUCAAGGCUGUAUAUGUAUAGGGAUGUUUGAAAAGAUACACAAAAAAAUACACGGUUGCUUUGUGUCCAAAGUGAUAUUUAGCAAUCCUGUCUCUGUAUAUUUAUAGAAGAAUGUGCAACACUUUGCAUUUGAUAAUCCUGUUUAUUUUAGGGAAUAGUUAGCUGUUAGUCUUUAAAUAAACUGUGCAUGUUGAGUGUGUGUUUUAUGCUCCCAGAUGUUAAGCCAAUUUGAUAUGUUCCUCCUUAUCACAACUAAAUGAAGAGCAGGAAAAAUGGAAGCUUCGAUGUUUUUAGAAGCCAGAAUCUCAGAUUGCAUAGUGACAAAAAUAAUCUUGAUGUAAAUAGUUUAAUAAAUGAAUCAGAAAUGUUUAUAUUAUAAAGGAACCAUUUUUAAACCAUCCCUGUUAGACAUGCCCUCAGUACAUUUGUCAGUAAAAACAAUCUGUCAUUAAAUCAUUGCACUUUAAA